UUCCGCCCCUCGUGCAAUUCUCACCAAAAAAAAAAAAAAAAAAGGAAAAGGAAAAAUCAAAGUUUGUGAGUGUGUGUAUGUGCAUUUGGUUGCUGCGCGUGUAUCGUUGUUCGACACGGAGAUCGGUGCGGAACGAUGCCCACUUCUGUGGGCGGCGGUCACGGAUUGGUCAUAUCGCGCCGGGUGUUACUGAUAGUCGGACUGACCGUCUCCAUCGUCCUGGUCGUCUGCGCCUUCACCCUCCUCCUCGUACUCCAAGAUGGACCGUGCGGAAGCGGCAGUUUUCAAUGCGGUAACUCUUCCGUUUGCAUACCUCAGCAGAGCUAUUGCGAUAACGAUAAAGACUGUCCCAACGGCGAGGAUGAGGAAUACGAAAAAUGCGUGGACUUUCAUGGAAGCACAUUUCUGGCACCCGACUGGUAUAACGUUUUGAAUAAGACUCAGCAACAAGCCGGCCUUCCUGACGUUUCGGCCGGUCAACAAGAGACAAAUACGACCUGUCUAUUGAGAAAUUUCCCUGGCAAAUGCGUCUGCGAGCAAACAAAUCUGUUUUGCAAGCACAUGGGGCUCGCCCAUAUUCCGGAGCAGAUCACUCCACCCAACACACUCAGUCGCCUGAUUUUAGCCAACAACAGCAUCAAAGCUGUCCCUCGCUUCGCUUUCAGUCGCUACACCGUCCUGGAAAUCCUACAUUUGGAGCAGAAUAGCAUCAGGGCAAUUGCCAAUGACGUUUUCCGCCAUCAGAAACUCCUGCGUUUUUUGUACUUGUCGAAGAAUUCCAUUAGUUCGAUCGAGCCGAACGCUUUCAAAGGACUGGGCAACGUCAAACGACUCUUUCUCGACAACAACGAGAUCAACGAUACAUCCCUAGACGCUCUCAACAGCCUACCCAAUCUUCAAUGGCUGGACUUGUCCAGUAAUUACUUGCGACUUAGCAAUCAUAGCUUUUCAUCGUGGAUACACCUGAGGGAACUGAUGUUGGAGCACAACGAAAUCCAGUACAUCGAGGAAAUGACAUUCCGCAAUCUCAGCUCUCUAACCUACUUAUCUCUUCGGGAAAAUAAACUGACUCGGCUGCAUCCCAAGUCGUUCUGGACGCUCACCCAGCUCCAGGAAUUGGAUCUGUCCCGUAAUCGACUCACCACCAUCCCGCCAAGGCUCUUUGCUCAGAAUAUCCAGUUAACGUCAUUGUCUCUGGGUUCCAACAACAUUCUACAACUGCCAGCCGAAGUUUUUCUGCCAUUGAAAAACAUCAAGUCCUUAAAUCUGGAGGACAUCGACAUUCAGAACAUCGACGUCGACAUGUUCAUCACUUUAACUAAUUUGGAUUUCGUGUACUUCAUCCGGUUCCAGUAUUGCAGCUACGUACCUACUGUCCCCAAAUGCAGACCAAAUACUGACGGCUUAUCUUCUACGGAGAAUCUGCUGAACCGAACACUGAUUCGCAUCAUCCUUUGGGCUAUCGCUAUUUUUACUUUGAUUGGCAACUCGCUCGUGUUACUAGGCCGUGGUAUACUCAAAGAUGAGAACAAAGUACCGCUCAAUUUCAUCCGGAGCUUAGCAGUGGCCGAUAUGUUGAUGGGCUUCUACCUAUUCGCUAUCGCCAUUCAAGAUUUGCAGUAUCGCGAGGUCUAUCACCAGUACUCGCAUCAAUGGACCUCGUCGUUGGGCUGCACUUUUGUUGGCGUGGUAGCCAUGACCUCCACCGAGGUUUCCCUGUUGCUCUUAGCCUUCAUGUCAAUGGAGCGCUUCCUAUGUAUAGCUUCACCUUUCGGCUACACAAAACUCAACCAGAAAACAGCCAAAAUUAGCCUUGUCCUCAUUUGGGGCCUUGGACUCAUCAUGGCCAUCGUUCCAGUGUUGUAUUGGCGGCAGUCGACGCACUACUACGGCUCCAACGGACUCUGCUUCCCGCUGCACAUUGGCGAGUCACUUUCACUCGGCUGGCAGUAUUCCGCUUUCAUCUUCUUGGGUGUCAAUAGUUUAUGCGUGUUGGUCGUGAUCUGUACCUACGUCGGUCUGUUCGUGAGCAUCCGCCGGACGCGCGGUCAAACGCCACUAGCUAAUCCCAAUGAUAUGGAUUUUGUUUUACGAUUUUUCUUCAUCGUUCUCACCAACAUUAUGUGCUGGGCUCCAGUUUACGUUCUCAGACUCCUCGUCCUUCUUAAGUAUCCAGUUCCAGAUGAAGUUUCUAUUUGGGUAGUCGUUUUUGUGGUGCCGAUCAAUGCGGCUAUUGAUCCAAUUCUGUACACAUUCACGACGCCGAAAUUCCGCCGCCUUCUUGCCCAGCUAUUCGCUGCAACGGGGGCCGGAAGCUUGGCGCACAAUAGCCGACGUUUCAAUUCAACGUCUACAAAAUUCAAAGCCGAUCAGAGCUACAUGCAGCCCAUGCUUUCGCCUUAUCAUCGCCGCAUGAGCUGGGAUCAUCACCUCCAGCUAACCCGCCGGGUUUCCAGAGAUACUACGGCCGUCGCUGCAACCGACCCAGUGGCUCUGAUGGACGGCCUUCACGAUCCGUCAGUUUUCAUUGAAAUGGUCAAUCUCCAGUCGCCCAUGGCCGGCCGGAGGAAUUCCUUGUAACUAUUAAUUCCACCAUUUGUUUGUAAUUAAUGUACAUGUUUUCAAAAUCAAUUAAGCUGUUUGUCUGAUCGUGACCAUCAAUGUCAUCGAAAAUCGAUGUUCAAUUUCGUUUUCACCGCUUCUA